GUGUGGGAAUGUAGUACAACUUUCGACUGUACACUCCUACCUUUAUUGCCACCGAAGCAAUGCAGCGCUUCGCCACAUCUGCAAAAGAUGCCGUCACAGCCGACUGCGUGCAUGUGCAGCACACCGUUGCGGUUCACUGUGCGUGCAAGGAUAAGAGCUUCCCCACAGAGCCGCUUCCCCUUGGUCCAAUUGAAGAUCUCAUUGCCCCGAUGAUUCCCAUCGCCGUAUCCUUUGUGUACCGCUAUUCUGGUCCGAUGGAGGUGUCCUCCGCUUUCGUUUCGGCCGAUCUUGUGCGGCAAGCGAUGGCUCAUGUGUUGAGCUUUUAUCCUCCCCUCUCCGGACGACUGGUCCUGCUACCCAACGGCGAUCGAAAGGUUGACAGGUUGGACAGUGGCGCGCUGUUCGUAGAAGCGACAUGCACUGCGUCCCUGCGCGAGUUACACGAAGCCCGCGCCGGUGGCAGUGAAAAGGCAGAUGCGCGUUUUCGCGAUGUUCUCUCGAUGUUCGACUUACCAGCCGGGUCGAACGCACUCUUCGCCUCCUUCAGCCCAGCAAUCCAUCACGUUGUGCAAGACCCUCUCUUCACCCUUCAGCACACCCGCUUCGCGUGCGGCAGCGUGGCACUGGGUGUGCGCAUCUCCCACGCGCUAACCGACGCGCAGGGGUUUUUCCAAGUGAUGCAGCAUCUCAUGGAGCUGUAUGACCAGCUGCAGCGCGGGGAAGCAAGACUCACACUGCGGAGGCCACCGCGGUGGCGCUCGUAUAAGUCAACCUUUCGAGCCGAGGCAACACCGGCAGAGGUGGCAGAAGCGCUCGCGUACGUUCCGGCUGCGUUGUACGUUGAGGAACCGCCUGUGAAAGGCACAACAACGGCGGCGGCGGUGGCGGCAUCGCCUGCUCUCCCUCUCCCUCUCCCUUCUCCGCCUGAGGUUGUAGGGCGGGAGCUCUACUUCUCUACUGACGAGCUGGAGGAGUUGAAGCGCCGCGCCACGCCGUCAUCGAAUAGGAAUGGAUGGGUAUCCACUUUUGAAGCGCUCAGCGCCUUUUUGUGGCAAUGUGUGUACAGAGCCCGUUGCGCGGUGUGUGCGUGUGACAGUCGCAUGGCACACGACACGUCCACGUGGCCAGUGACCGACUAUCUCACGUCCAUUAACCUACGCGAUCGCUUUUUGGAUCCCUCGACAGGGGAGGCAGCGGACUACUUCCCCGUUGGCUGCUUCGCUCCUGUUACGAAGGUACGCCCCAAGGUGUUGCGUGACGGUCCACUACACGAGCUCGCGGCUGCGGUGCACGCGAUGUUGCGCUCUCCGGAGUUGUCUCCAAACGAGGUGCAGCGCACGGUCCGUUGGAUCGCCGCGCAGCCGGAUCGCUCGCGCAUUCGCAACCGCUUCGCCGCGGGCGGCUUCAUGCUCAGUGCGUGGAAUAAGUUCGACAUCUACGGCUCUACCGCGUGUGCCGGGACACAGCCUGUUUUGGUCAGCACGCCUUUUACGUGCAUCUCGCUCCUUGACGUGCUUGGAUACAUCCUUCCACGUCCGCCCUCCUUUGCUGACCCCGCUAUUUCUCCAGCUGCCACGGAUGACGGUGACAGUGGAAAGCUUCGUUCGACUGCAAGCGAUGGUGUGGUGAUCUACCUGGCCGUGGAUGCGUCUCUGUGGGAAGCGUUGAGCUCUCGAGAAUUACUCGGGAGUCACCUGCAUUAG